AUGCAUCUUUCAUUGGAUGCCACGACGAACAUGGUGGAUGAUGGUUGCCUCACCUCAGACAGCUACCACGACUUCGUGAAAGGCGCCGGAGGCCGUGUGCACAGCAUUGACGUCAUACUGGGGUUCAGCAAGGACCAGGACCCCAUGCUCAACUCAGUUGGUGCCGACAGCACCCGCAAAAUGGACCCAGAGAACAUGCUGCAGGGGAAACAGGUCCCCACAGACCCGUACGCCCCGCUGCCCGCACUCAGUGACAGCCAGCAGCCCACAGCCUUUCAGGACCCAGGCCUGUUCUCCAGUAAUAGCAGCAGCAGCAGCAAGUGCGACGCGGAGCUGGGCAAGCUACAGGAGGGCCUGGACACGGAGUGCCAGUCUCCGGAGCCGCACGAGGAGGACCAGCCUAAGAAGAAGCACCGGCGCAACCGCACCACCUUCACCACAUACCAGCUGCACGAGCUGGAGCGGGCUUUCGAGAAGUCCCACUACCCCGACGUCUACAGCCGCGAGGAACUGGCCAUGAAGGUCAACCUGCCGGAGGUCCGGGUUCAGGUGUGGUUCCAGAAUCGCCGUGCCAAAUGGCGUCGUCAGGAGAAGAUGGACACGAGUGCCAUGAAGCUCCACGACUCUCCCAUGCUGUCCUUCAACCGGCCGCCCAUGCCCACCAACAUGGGGCCCAUGACCAACUCGCUGCCCAUGGACCCCUGGCUCACCUCGCCGCUGGGCAGCACCACCCCCAUGCACAGCAUCCCCAGCUUCAUGGGCCCCGCGCAGACCCUGCAGCCGGCCUACCCCACGCACCCGGGCUACCUCAACACUUCCCCGGGCAUGGUGCAGACCAUGCAGCAAAUGGCACCGCCUCCCUACCAGUGCCCGCCGCCGUUCAACGACAAGUAUCCGCUGGACGAUGUGGACCGUAGUUCCAGCAUCGCCGCGCUCAGGAUGAAGGCAAAGGAGCACAUCCAGUCCAUGGACAAGACCUGGCAGCCAAUGUGA